GAAAGGUCGAAAAACAGUGACAGUUUUGAACAUUGUCAAUUCUGAAUUCAGUAUAGAAUUAAAAAUGUGAUUUAUAAUAAAAAGCUAUAUUUAAAACGGCCAAUUAUCUCUAAUUUAAACAUCGACAUAAUUAAUUGGCUUAGUACAGUUUUGUAUUACAGUUUUUUCAGUGAGAUUUUGGCCUUCGAUGGGUUGGCAAAUAUCACGUUCACUGGACAAGUGACGUUUAACGUGGACAUUAGAAACGGAUCCGAUCAUAUUAAAUAAAUAUUUAGUAAUUAUAUCGUAAUAAAAGCUGAUCUCCUUUAACGUGUGAAAAUGCUGCGAUUAAGGACUUUUUUGCUUGCUCUGGUAGUGUAUUUGGCGACAUGGACUGUCUCAAGUGGACAGAUUCAUCCACCGUCGCCCUCACCAACGACAGAUGCGGCAGCAACGAAAGGCAGCUUCUGGCAGGGUUUCUUGGCAGCUCUGUCGGUUGUGAUCGUGUCGGAGCUGGGAGAUAAGACCUUCUUCAUAGCAGCCAUCAUGGCUAUGAAGCAUCCGAGGGUGAUAGUGUUCGCUGGAGCGAUAUCAGCUCUGGUCUUCAUGACAGUGCUAUCGGCUGCAUUCGGCUGGAUAGCGACCGUGAUACCCAGGAUAUAUACACAUUACAUAAGCGCUGCCCUGUUCGCUAUAUUCGGUUUGAAGAUGUUGAGGGAUGGAUGGAAAAUGGAUCCGAACGAAGGACAGGAGGAGUUGGAUGAGGUCCAGAGCGAGUUGAAGAGGAGAGAGGAUCAGGAGGAUAAAGAAGAAACUGUAGAUAUGUUGGAGCAGGGUCAAGCUGAGAACAGGAGGAAGAGGAGGAAUGCUAUAUUGAAGAUUCUUCUACAAGCUGCCAGUUUGACGUUCCUAGCCGAGUGGGGGGACAGGUCGCAGCUGGCGACUGUGGUGCUGGCGUCCAGAGAGGAUGCGGUGGGGGUCGUGGUGGGGGGAUCUCUGGGACACGCUCUGUGUACAGGACUGGCGGUCAUAGGUGGAAGAAUGGUCGCACAGAAGAUAUCCGUGAGGACUGUUACAAUAAUUGGUGGUCUAGUGUUCCUGUUCUUCGCAGUCGGAGCCCUCAUCAUGGGUCCCGGCGAAUGAGGAUUAUUAUAUAAGCGACAAUAUUAACAUAUAUGUAUAUAUAUAUUGUAUAUAGAUAUAUAUUUUUCGGUUAACUUUUCUACGACCUUCCAUGUACAGCCAAACCUAAUGCAUUUAAUAAAAACUAUUUUUAACAGAUUUGAUUUUAUUUAAAAAAAAAAAACCCGUCUCUCAAAUCUCAUCUGUUAAGAAUGGUGAUAAUAAUUUGGUUACCGUCAAUUAUUAACCGAUAAUGCCUUCAGUAUGUUGUAAGGAUUUAUUUGGAAUGAUACAGAUUAAAAAUAAAACAGAAUGUAAUCUCACCUUUUUUUGUAUACACUAUUAAAAAAAAAAUUAUGAAGAGAUGUCAUUGAAAUAAUGUGUCUAGUUCCGAUAUAUAUAUUCAACGAAAGUAUCUAGUAUGGAGACGUAAGAAAAUAGUUUCUAUAUGAUCAAAAAAUCCGAAGAAAUGACCCGUAAAUUUUCAUUACAUUAAGUAGUCUAAUAUCAGCUGAUGUAGUUUUAAUUGUUUAAGACGUAAUUUGUGUUUUUUUUUUUUAAUUUAACCGUCUGUGAUUCUGUUGAAAUGGGGUUUCUGCGUAUUUUAAUGUGAAAUAAAGAACUUUGACAGCGACAUUGACGGAUGUCAGUGAAUUCGACAUUGACAGAUUAGUGAAAGUGACAUUGACAGGUGUCAUUGAAUUUGUCAGCUUUUGAAUUUUUUUUUUAUUAAGUUAAUACUAUACAUAGUUGAAGAUUUAGAAAUUACAUUUAGUAAAUUAUUAAAAAAAAAUAUGCUUUAGUGUAAUGUUUAAAACCAUAGUUCUGCUAGUAAAUGUAGAGUUCAUUUGAUGUAUGUAACAUUUUGUUAUGUAUAUGUAUAUAAAUUUAGAAGAUGUUUGUCCGCGACGUGCCUUUCUCGAUGUUAUAAGUUAAAAGAUAUUAAUAAAAAAUAAAGACGAACGCACAAAUGGACAUCAUAUAAAUAUUUUUUUUUCUAUUUUAAUAAAAUUUGCCUGAAUUUGAAUAAUUUGAUUUUUACUUUUUUUUUUAUUGGAAAUCGAGAUUAGAAUAUUAUUAAACAUUAUUUUUUUCAAAUGAUUAUUGUGUUUGUGCGAGUGUUUUUGUCGAAAAUACAUUGAAACUGUCAGUAUAUUAUCAAAAUGUUUUAUUAUUUAUACAAUAAUAAGAAAAACCUAUUUGUUCACUGGAACGCUUACUAAGUUUCUGUCACUAGAUAAAAUAAAACUAUUCUUACCAUUUGUUGCAGUGAUAUAUGUAUUUAUGUAAGUAUGUCUGUUUGUAAGUUGUGUAAAUUUAAGUACAAAUAAUAAUGAGAUCGCUCGGUAUAGUGCUUAGCUGUUGAAUUGUAAAAAGUAUUAUUUUAUGAAAAAAAAUGAUUAAAACCUU